UUCCGAUUGUAUCGCUCCGAUCCGAAAAAAUCCGAGAUCCGAAUUCGCAGGACAAGAGCAACAGAGCGCGCGCUAACGGAUUUAUUAAAUGCACAUGCAUAUUUAUUUAUAAACGCGAGUUUUUGGUCGGGAACUAAAGUGCAGGUCACCGACGCCUCUGCCGCAGCCGCUGCCUCCGUCGACGUCGCAGUUGCGGUAGCUGUUGCUGCUUGUUUUUUUUUUUUGUUGCUGUUUACAGAGGUGCGCGUUAAUGUGCUAAAAAAAAUAUAGAAAUAUAUAUUUGUGUGCCUUUGUGCAAGUGCUGAUUUUGUUUGGCUUUUUUUUGGGUUGUCAUUAUUUUGCACACACAAAUUGCGAUUUAAUUAAGUUUUUGUGUGUGUGUUUGGCGCACCUAUAUAUAUAUAAAGAUAUACCUAUGCUGGCCCUGGCCCCGCCCACCACGCCGCCCCCUCGAAAUGCACCGUUAGCCGCGAAAUCGAAAUCGAAUCGUUUUGCUGCAACCGCAAUGCUGUCGAACGGCUCUGCUGGCGUCUCAGCCGACGUUGACGUCGCCGCCGGCGGCGCUGCCGACUGUGAUGAGCGAACGCUUUUGCUAAGCGAGGAGAUUGUUGUUGCGCCGCUGCCUGCGUCGGCGUUCUCUGCCGGCGUCGCUGCUGCUGCGCCGCCAACGUCGCUGCCACUGGUGCACACAACAACAACAACGCAGCAAAACAACAACAAUGUGAACAACAACAAUAAUGGUUCGCUUGUGGUCAGUGCGAAAAACAUGGCUAAUAAUAAAAGUAAUAAGAAUAACAGCAAAUGCAAAAACAACGAGGCCAGCAGCAGCAACAACAACAAUGCGGCGACAGCGGCAGCUGCAGCAGCUACAACAACAACGACGACAGGAGAAGAACCGGUAACAACAACAGCAGCAGCUGAUGAUGAGGAUAUAUCCAGCGAUCUGAGCGAUAAAUUCCCACGCCCCCAAAAGAAACCCGGCAAACUGAGCAAGUUGGGCACCAAAAGCGUCGGCCUCAAACGCGUCUCCUUUGGCUCCUCGAAGGGUUCGAUGGUGGAGACGCUCGUCUUCGAGACGCCGACGCCGUUGUCGGAGCACAUGGAGUCCACUUUUGGGUUCGAUGCCGCCGAUACCGCCGCUGCCGCCGCUGGUCAGCCGCAGCUGGCGUCGACGCUGGCGUCGCAACAGCCGCUCGCCGGUGGCUACAGUGGAGACUAUGCCAAGGGGACCAUGGAUGACAGCGGCAUUGAGGUGCAGGAAGAAUCGGAGCGUUCGAUAGUGCGCGUUUCAAUCUACAACAGCAGCCAGCCGCAAGUAAUCUGUCCACCGGCGGAGUAUCUGGACUUUCCGGAGUUCAACUACAGCAGCAACCUCCUAGACUAUAACACGAUGGCCACGACGGCGGCGGGGAUCCAACAGCAGCAGGUGAUCGGCCUGGGAGCGGCCUACGAUCGACAGCAAAGCACCGAUUCCGGCUGGGACAAUCCCUUUCGACCAGGCGGCGAUCUGUCCAGAGAGGCUGAUGAAAUUGUCAACAUGAUCAGAGGUGGCAAGCCCAUCACACCCACAGAGGAGCGUACAAUUGGCAACGGGAGUGCCCAGCAUGCGGACGACAAUUGCAACGGCGGUACGGCGAUCGGCGAGAGUGUAAUCAAAUCAAAUGUGAGUUGGGAUAUUGGUUACCUAUCCCUAUGUGCACACCUGACUAAAGCCCUAUGUCAUUAUUUGCAGCUCUCGCAGAAUCUAGCAACAGCACAAAAUGGUACAAAUUCCCAUGCCUCUGCAACUGCCGACGCUGGCGCCGGAAAAGCAGCGACGGCGACCGAGCUGAGCGGCGGAACCGGAAACAAUGGGGUCACCUCGCUGGGACAGGUGUCCAAACAGGUGGUUCCCGGACCGACGUCCGCUAGUCAUGUGGUCAUCGACGAGAAGAAGAACAAGAAGAAGGGCUGCUGCGUCCUCCAAUAAUUGGGGCAAAUGGCGGGGGACGCGAAGAGCAGUUUGGGAUGGGGGGAGGGCGGUCAUUUUCCUGCUAGCCCUGUUUUUUGAUGUUAAUGUUUUUUGGACGAAAUGGAGCCAAGCUGUUAAUAUUUUUCAUGCCGCAUAAAUCGCUUUGCUUCGCUUUGCAAGAGGAGACCAAAACCGAUACAGAGAUUGAGAUUCAGACCACACAAGAAUGAACUAGAAGAACAUUAGGAAAACCAAGCUCUCUGACCAACAAACAGCAGCUGAUUGUCAAGAACGUUGUAGCGGUACCAGCAGCCACAGUGAGAACCAACAUUUAUGCAACACCCUGCAGCGGUUGCUCCAGCUUCGAAACAUAAGUCGAUGGACACUUCAACAUUUGAAUUGUAAACCUGAAGGCCGCACUUAUAUGUUUAUAUAUAUACAUAUAUAUAUAUAUAUAUAUAUCUGUGUGUCUGCAGGCGAUGCUAAACUGCAAUUCACCAUUAUUAUAUAUACAUAUUAUUUUUUUCCCCCUUUUUCUGUAAUGUGACUCGACCUGCAUAUGUGUAUUAUAAAAAUUAUUGUAUGCAUAUAUGUGAAUUUAUUUUUUUUUUGUAAUUGUAAAAUUUAGUGCGGCUUUUUUAAAUAAUGAAAAGGAUGUAGGGACGUUUAAGAAGUAAAAAGUAAAAGAACAAAAAAAUAACGAAAAACGUUUUGCUUGCAUGCAUAAUGGAUACAAAAUCGAAAAAAGAAUGCAAAAAAAAAAUUAACAUAAAGAAUAAUGUAUUUAUUUUUAUUUAUAUGAUGACGAAGAAGCAGAUGAAAGUAAAUUAAAUGUUAAACCUUAAAACAAAUAUACACACACACACGAACAUAUACAAAAUACACACACACAUACGCAUAUAUACUAUACGAUAUAUGAGAUGAAAUGAAUGACGCAAUAAAGCAAAACGAGAUGAACCGGAAAUAGUAGAAAAAAAAAACCAAUUAAAAAAUCCCCAUUUUCUAAGGCUAAAUAAUGAGUAAUUAUUUUGUAUCAUUAUUUACAUGAGGCAGACAAUUGAAACCGGGUGCGCUGACUUUUGGGCCCACUGUAGCGGCUGAUCAAAGGAAAGCGGUGCUGAAGAAAGAGGGCGAAAAUGGUAGAAAAGGUCUUAGUUCUUUGAGCAGAAUAUAUAUAUAUAUAUAUCUAUAUAUAGAAAGAAAGGCUUUGAAGAAACCGAAAUCCCAAGACAAAAGCUUAGAAAUGAGGCCAGAGAAAGUAUAUUAAAAGGAAGAACCACCGUUUUUCAGCUUAGUUAAGCACAAUACAACCCCCCACAAAACAACCAACCAACCCCCCAUUUCUCCAACCCCUUUCACUCAGUAUUUUUCUCAGUUUGAACGCAAAUCAAAAGCAGAAAAAUGAAGGCAAACAAAUACGCAAAAGUAAUAUGCAGGUAAAUCGAGCAAAGCGAGGUACAAGAAUGUUUACACAGAGAGAAAAGCAGCAACCAAAUAGCUAAAGAAAGUAAUGAGAACACCGAAAUGGACAGCCACACCCACAAAUAUGUAACACUCACACACUCUCAAACACACAGACACACCCACACACCUACAGCCUAAGCAUCAAUGUGCUGCAUUUGAUAAACGUAACGAAAAACAAAAAAUAAAUUAAAUAUAUAUAUAUAUAUAUAUAUAUAUAUACACACAGAUAUAUGAAAUAGCAAUAUUGUUUCAACUGAAUAUAA